AAUUUCCUGACCUACUUAAUCAAAGGUUAAAAGCUUCACUGCCCUACACACAUCACACUUUAACAACCUAUUCACUCAACUGUAUUGUUCUCCUUUCCAUAAAAUAUGACGAGAUUCCCUCUGCACCUAACAAACAUGCUACAUUUCGCGCUAAAAUGCUAGACGUUAUAGACAGAUGCACGUCAUAAAUAGGUCAGCCUCUGGGCUAGCCUUUCAUCCGAGGGUCGGCGGCUCGCGCUCCGCCCAGUCGCGAGAAGUUGCAAUUGUCGCCUGGAGGUUCCUGCUGUGGCUGGGCACCGCGGCGGGUAAGCAGCAAUCAUGGGGUUGAUCACGAUUAACACGGGUUACCUGAGAACGAAGUCGGGCAUCUUGAAGAUCAUAGAAAUCGUGUGCGUGGCCUCCGCCGUCGGCCUCCUCCGCGUGAGCUCCCCCGUCUGCGGCCAAACCGUGGGCUCGUAUUUCCUCGGCGUCGGAGUCCUCGUGGCCGCCCUGAUGGUCACGCCGCUGCUCCUCAUCUCGUACAUGAUGGGCAAGAUGCAGAUCCAGAACACGUUCUUGGAAAUCGCCUUCAACGCCCUGUUCGCCCUCCUCUUGUUGACGGUGGGCGUAGAUGCCCUCAAGGCCGUGGGCAACGUCUACAGAGACGACUACAACAAGAAGUGCUUCGCCAUGGGCAUCGUCAGCAUCGCCGCCUGCAUAACAUACUUGCUGGAUACAGUGGUUUGCGUGAGGCUGUACAGGAACAACAACUGAGAGGAAGGCGGUUGGGGCCUCUUGGGACUCACAGAUCUACGUCCCCGAUAUGUUCUUUAAAAGAGCUGUUAUAUAUAUAUAUAUAUAUAUAUAUAUAUAUAUAUAUAUAUAUAUAUAUACACACACACACACACACACACACACACACACACACACACACACACACACACACACACACACACACACACACACACAUAUAUAUAUAUAUAUAUAUAUCACUAAAAUGUUGCUAGAUAGCAUGUAAUAAUGGCAUAUGUUUCCUGUUUCGUAAAUUUCCUUAGCAGAUUCCAGACCUAAUCUUGGUAGCGUUUCAAGAAUACGACAAGAAUGACGCGCGUAGAGGCCGGUUUCAAAAAGCUUGUCAUAAAAGAUUAAUUUACGAAGAAUUUACUGAGGUGAGUGUAGAGUGUGUCUUUGUAUUCAAGAAUAUCUGUUUAUAUUUUACUAUUUUCCGAAGCCCGUUUAGAAGUUGAGGAUUUGUUAGGAUACUUUAAAGCUCAUCCAUACAAAGAAAAUAUUUGAAACUGGAAAAAAAUAAAUCACAUAUAUAUGGACAUAAACACACACACAUGUAUACUACCCUGAGGAUAGAUUACAUGUAAAUCUAACCUGCAUAUACUCAUUACAAGAUAUUUGUAAGAUUUUUCCUUUCAAAUAAAAUCAAAAUGUCUCCAAAUUGUAUAAUAGUCUCAAUAGAGGCGUGCUUGUGGGACCAAAACACCAUAAAAGUGUAGUAAAGGCUAGAACCAUUGUGUGAUCUUUGACCUGUAAACAAAAAAAGCAUAAGACAUGAGAAUACAGGUGUUCGUCGAUCUUUGUGAACCAUGUUAGAGAGGUCUUGACGAAAUGUUUUUGUCAGCACAACCACUUUUAUUCUUAGUGAUUGUAAGAAUGUUGUCUUUGCAGCGUUCUGCACAAUAAAUGCAAAUCUUUG